AAUAACAAAAAAUAAUUGUUAUACGAUUAUCCAGUUAACGAUCGAAAAAAAAAAAAAAAAAUCUGUCUGGAUAACCAAGAAAUCAAGCAUGGCCGCCUCCUGUGUCAGAACUGCGAUUUUCCAAGCAUUUUUGCUUCGGCAUUCAAAACGAGCAGUAACCUUGUUGCCACACGUUAGAACCCUCAGAUAUGACGUCAAUCACCAAGAACCGACCAUCGAUAAAUCCAAACUAUUUGGCACAAUUGAAGAAGAUGAUAUUAGAAGAUUUAAACCAAUUAAAGCAGCUACAAAUGAUCAAAGUACUUCAGUCUUCUAUAGCCCCACAUUAGAAAAGUUUAUAAAUAUGGUGAUGAAAGAUGGUAAAAAAAUUGUUGCUAGAAAGAUUGUAAAUGAGAUGGUGGAGAAUAUAAAAAUGACACAGGUAGAAAAGUACAACAGGUGUGAAAAUGAGACAGAAAAAAUGGAGAUAGAAUGUAACCCUGAAGUUAUCUUUAAUCAAGCUUUAGAAAAUAUAAAACCUGUCUUAAUGUUGACACCUGUUAUUAAAGGAGGUGUGUCUUACAAGGUACCCGUUGUUUGCCCCGAACAUCGUCAGAAGUUCCUAGCCAUGAGAUGGUUGGUGGAAAGUUGUCGAGACAGAGAACGUAAAAUGCCCAUGGGGAGAAAGUUAGCGUAUGAAAUAUUUGAUGCUUAUAAAAAUGAGGGAAAAUGUGUAAGAAGGAAACAGGAAUUAUUACGCCAGUGUGAGGAGAACAGAGCAUUCGCGCAUUUUAGAUAUUGAUGCCGACAUCUCCGUUAAACAUGACUUGAUAGACAUUGCUUUUAAAUGAUCUGUGCAUUAAACCAGAAACUAUUAAUUACUUGAAGUAAACAGACUAAUGUAUCUAUCUAUUGACGUGGAUUUUCCAGAGAAAGAGUUUUUACCAUUUAAACAUACAUUAUGCAAGAGCUAAAUCUGUCUAUUGCAGGUCUUUCUUUAGGCCUGAAAUGUAUUUAAAUUUAUCAGCUCUGAGACAAUAUUUAUGCUCAUUUAGGUGCAUACAUGCUAAGAAUUAAGAGUGGAGUAAGGUCAAAUAAAAAUGGAUGCAAUAGGCC